UCCCACUCCAACGUAUAUAUAUAUAUAUACCCCGCACACAAACGCUUGUAUUUCUACUCAACCUGCGUGUCCCCCUUGCACAAAAUCCCACUGAACCUGAACAGUAACGAAUCCUCCUGUGCUGUCACAAUGAGCAAACAGCCUCAGAGAAUGCGAGUGCCAUCAGCGCAAUACACAGGCAUCUUCAAGCCGGACAUCAUCAAGGAUGUCGCGGAAUCUCUCAAUAUCUCCAAUCUCUCAGACACAGUCUCGUCAGCACUGGCAAGCGACGUCGAGUACCGAAUACAUCAGGUCGUCGAGGAAGCAGCGCGCUUCAUGCGACACGCCAGGCGCACCACCCUCACGACUUCCGACAUCGACCAGGCCCUUCGCGUGCUGAACAUCGAGCCCCUCUACGGUCACUUCCCACACAAUCCCCCCACCUUCCGCCGCGUCCCGCCGCUUCCACAAUACUCCGCUGCGGGCAACGUCUACUUCGUCGAGGAUGAGGAAAUCGAUUUCGACCGCGUGCUGCGAGAAGAGAAGCUUACUCUCCCGAAAGGCCCGCAUUGGACGGCCCACUGGCUCGCCGUCGAGGGCGUGCAGCCGCUCAUACCCGAAAAUCCUCCUGCCAUACCCAAAGAAACUGACCAUGAGAAGCCCACAACAGUUUCGCCUGCGCGACCGGGCGUGGUUUUUCCUCCCACCCCGCCGUCGUCCGACCGGCCGUCGCCCGUGCAGCCAGCGAAGAAGCAGCAGCAGCCGCAGCUGCUCGUCAAGCAGGUACUUUCGCGCGAGCUGCAGCUGUACUAUACGCGGCUCACAUCGUCGCUGCUCCCGCCGACGGCGGACUACGCGAAGCGUACCGCGGCACUGGCGAGCCUGCAGCACGAUGCAGGAUUGCAGGCGCUGCUGCCGUAUUUAGUGCGGUGGGUAGGAGAGGGCGUUGUGGGCGCAUUGAAGGGCGGGGCGCAGAACGAGGCCGACGGGAAGGUAUUGGAGGUGCUGCUUGCUGUGAUCGGGGCGAUAUUGGAUAACCCGACUUUGUUCGUCGAGCCAUACCUACAUCAACUCCUCCCACCCAUCCUUUCCAUCCUCCUACAUUCCUCCCUCCCGCCCUCACACGCAACACAACUCCGCACGACAGCCGCACAGAUACUCUCUCACCUCCUCACUCAAUAUUCCACGACAUAUCCUUCGCUGCCGCCACGCAUCAUGAAGACGCUGUUGCUCGCGCUCGUGUCCCCAGAGAAGAGUCGAAGCACGCGCGAGGGCGCGAUUCAGGGCCUCGUCGGCAUCGGGAAGGAAGCAGUGCGGAAGGGGCUCGUGGAGAGUGGCGGGGCGAAGGUGGUCGGGAGCGAGUGCAUGCCUGGCGAGGAGGGCGGAAUUGCGGAGUCUGUCAUGGAUGCAUUGAAGGUGCUUCAUCCCCGAAGCGAGAAGCCGGUGCCAUUGGAUGAAGCCCAAGAGGGCGACGCGAGUGUGAUGAAGCAAUUGAAAGAAGUGUUGGGUGAGUUCUUCGCGGAGAGGCUGAGGAGCGAUGCGGCGUGGGCGAGAGGGGUUUUGGCAGGUGAUCAGGAAUGCUAGCAAGUUGCUUUCUAGCAGUGUCUUUGCUGUACCGUUUUAGCUUGAAUUCGUUGUUCACAUUAUGUCACAGCGGCUUGUUUCCCGCUAUGCCGACGCAGUUUUGGUCGCCUUUGCCUCCUCCUAGUCAGUUCGACAAGACGAAUGACCCCA